UUCCAAUUUGAUAUCUGAGGAGAAUGGAGGAAAAUGUAUCUUGGCUUUCUUGAUGAAAUAAUACUUAAAAAUAAUCUAACAGCAUAACUUCUUAAUACACUUCAUGUGUUGCUCACACUUGUUCAUCCUCUUGCUGUGUGCAGAAAACUAGUUUACCUAAGUAAUUUUUCAUUUAAUUUCUUGCUGGUCAAUGAAGAUAGUAACUUGUCUUGAAUCAAUUAUUUUGCAAGAGCAGAUACAUAAAGCUUAGGGAUGGUUCUCUCCCUUGCCUCCCUUGUGCUGCAUCUCCUCCUUCCCCUCCCUCUUCUGUUGCCAGUGAUGCGACUUGAACCAGACCAGCCAUGGUGGCAAAUGAAAUAGGGAUGGGAAAGAUCAAGUAAGCCUGGAAAAUAAUUUAAUAAUAACAAGACAGCAAAAGAAAGUGAUCUGAGCACAGUGUGGGGCAACCUCAGAAGACCCCCCAGAGGGGUAAACAUGACAAUAUAGAACCUUUGUGCAGUGAAUCAAUGAACAUUAACAUUACCUUAUAUGCAAAAUGUGACUAACCAAUCAACAAGAACUCAGAACAUUACCUUACAUGGAACCAAUAUAUUAACAUACCUAUUCCCAUAAUCCCAUCCUUCUCUCCAUGACCAGACCAGGUGUUUAUCUUCCUAGCAUCUCAUUUCCCAUGGUCUUAGCUUGAUGCUCACUUAAUGGUUGGCCAAGGCCAACUCACUGUCAGACCCCACCAGUUCAAUUCUCACACUCUUCCCCCAUCUCCUAAAAUCUCCAAAUGCAUGAAUAGACAUAUGGAACUAGGAGCUUGUAUAGCACCUGGAAAAUGUGCUCACAGAAUAGUCUCUAUGUUCUUUUGGUUUUUUGUUUGGUUGGUUUUGUGGAGGAUUGCAGCAUUAGGCGUGGUCUGGUUUUAAAAGUUCUUGUCUCCUAUCCCAGAAACUCAAUAAAGUGACUAAAAUAGGAUCUUCCCAAGAAUGUUGAUAAGGCUUACAGAGAAGCUUUGUUUCUUAACAAGUGAAAUGAAAUCUAGACCUUAAGAACAGUGGGAUGAAAUGUUAAAAGAGAAUUCUCAUUACCCGGAUGCAAAAUGUUACGGAAAUGAUUGCAUAGGGAAGUCCUGCAUUGAGGAAGCAAGAGACUGAAGUCGGUGUGCCUUCUCUGGUAGUCUGAGUCUUCAACAUCCCAGGUUUGGAAGAACAUCGUCCUCUGACCUUCAGAAACCUGGAGAUUUUAUCAGUGAGCUACCUAAAGGGAUCUAAGGAAAUUAUAGCUGUAGCUUCCUUGCCAUUACUUUUUUGGUUUUUGUACCUCUUUUUCAGUGGUUUUAGAUCAAGAAACACUAUGAGCACAACCCAACGGAAGCGCCGUGGAGGAACAGUUAGUUCUAGGCAAACUCAAAAAAGAAACAGGCUCAUGACUUCUACUGCUGAAAUGGCUUCAGAAGCGGAGCCAAUAGAACUUGAAGAAAGUGCUGGUGAAGAAGUAGUAGAUCUCACAUGUGAAUCUUCUGAUCCUGUAGUUGUUGAUCUAACUCACAAUGAUUCUGUUGUGAUUGUUGAAGAGAACCAACGACAAAGGAGAAAUCUGAGACUAAGAGGCCAGCGACAGUCAGACAGCUGUGUACUGAGCAGUGAUGAUGAUGAUGAAACAAGAGAUAACGACGUGUAUGUGGCUGAUAAAGCAUCUCGAGAACUGGGACCGCUGGAAGAGGAAACUGCAAGUUCAAAGCCGUCUGGUACUGUUAGCUGUCCAAUUUGCAUGGAUGUCUACUCAGAGAUUGUACAAAGUGGACGACUGAUUGUGUCAACAAAAUGUGGCCAUGUCUUCUGCAGUCAGUGCCUCCGUGAUUCCCUUAGAAAUGCCAAUUCUUGCCCAACCUGCAGGAAGAAACUCACUCACAGACAAUAUCAUCCCAUUUAUAUAUGAGUACUUUUAUUUCUCAGGACAGACUCAACUGGAUUUUGGGGGAAAUGUUAUAUUUUCAGUGCUCUGAAGAUUUAAAGAGCAGCAGGUUGUGCACAAAUCCAAAUAAAACUGGUUUUUUUGGAGACCAGCUUGAACGUAUCUAGACAGCUUUUUUAUGGUCUAAGUUGCUUCUUGUUAUGUUCCUGGUUAUGCUACAUUGAUGACUGUGUCUGAACUAGACCAGCAACCUACACCAGGAAGGAAGCAGUUAAUCCAUUCCCUUCUACUUUUUUUAAUGCUUAAAUGAGCGAGUGUGAAUAUUUUGUUCUUUCUUACUCUAUCAAUUAUUCCUACCUUCACAUGUAUGGAAUAGUUUCCUUUCAGAAGACAGAUUAGCAAUUUACAAUUUCAUUACACCUUUUUUUUCAUCCUGUAAAAAGCUCAUGACUCUUGCUUUCUUGCAUAUCAUCUUUGCCCGAGUACAGUGAUUUGUGUACUGAUGGAUUGUUUUCUCAUAAAUCGGUCUUAAAUUGACAACAAAGGUUAUGCAAUAAAGUAACCUGCUGUUAACCAGCAAUCAAGUGUUCUGAGCAGUAGAUUUGAACAUGUAGCUGAUGUUAUGAGCUCCAUGAGAUCCCAAGUACACAGACACAUUGCAUCAUGUACAACUUGAAAAUAAUUCAUCUGUUGUUUCAACUGCCAAGAAUUCCUGUGUUUUAAUCCCAACACUGAAUUUAUUUUCUAACAUGAGAGAUGGUUUCUUGGGUUUACUUGUGCUGUAACACUCUCCUAAUAACUGUCAAGAAUAGAGUCUUCUCUAGGCUUCCUAGUGAUGAACAAGAAACAAAUUCAUCUGUAUGCUGAAUACCAAACUACCUACAGAUCUUCUUACUGUAUCAGCUAUUCCCAGUAUAAUGCUUUAAGUUCAGUGUGUUCACUUUGCUGGUUGUUACACUGACACCUGACUGGAUGUAGCUUGGUGAAUAGGAUUGAAGAUUUAAAAAACUCUACUGCCAUUACUGAGUGGAGGCUUUAAAAAGUGGUAGCAAUGUUGACAGCUUGUUAGAGAAAAGUUUAAUCUCCCUUUGCCCUGAGAGUGGUCCAGUUUUCUUUAAAUGCAAUUUUAAAAAAAGAAGUCAGAUGCAUCUCCUAGGAAGGACAAUUUCUCCAGUUGAGAAGGCAGGAAUACACCAGUUUAUGCACUCUUACCCAGUCAGUUUUCCCCAGGACUGAGUUCCAAAUGUGUAUUUUGAACUUAUAGCUAAAAUGUCUGAGCUGUUCUGGAAUCCAGGGUGAGCUGAUACAAACAGGUUCAUGUAGACAAGAUGAUUAAAAUCAGUGCUUUAUGAUCCACAGGUAUGGUAGGUGCAUUUCUGAGAACUUCCAGAAUUAAAGUUGGCCACCUCUUGGCAGUUGGUUGCCUAUAGAAACAACGAUAAGAAUAAUUCUGUACACUGGUACAGCACAACUGAAGGAUGUGUUUACUUAAUAUUGGUGUCACAGAUGUUUUUGCUGACCUGUCCUUGGGAUCUGUAGGAAGCCUUUAAUUAAAGAAGCUCUUCUAAAUUAGCUGUCACAAGUUGCCUUGCAACCCAAAGUAAAGUUGACUUUUUUUUUUUUUUUUAAUUAUGAUGUUUCUGGAUAUAGUAAAAGGGAGUUUUAUUACAUAAAGGCUGCCUCAAGAAAUGCAGUACCUUCCUCACCCUGGUUUGGACUGGGUUUGGUUCAGUGUUAGCAGGAAUAUGCUGUGUCUGUGUUGUGGAAAUAGGGUGACUCCUACAAAGUUACACACAGGUAGUUCCUGUGUGCUCCCAUGGGUAAGAUGAACAAGCAAGGAUUACGGCUGUCUCAGGAUACUGCAGUGGCUGUGAUGGCUGCAUUUGUGUCCCAACAAGCAGAGAGUUGAUGCUUAAAGUAUUAAUUGUGUGAAGAGAAGCAGCCCAACAUUAAAAACUGUAGAGACCCAUAGAGAUUGCAGAAAUUACUUUGUCCCAGUAGCUUAACAAAGAAACAAUAACUUAUGGCUGGUUUUCCUGGGAUGGCUGCUGUGUGAAAAGAAUUAUCAGAAGAGGAUUUAAGGGAUUACUACUGAGGAUGAGGGUGAGUUACUUAACCAUGCAUCUUUCACAGUCUACUAGCUAUAGCCUAAAUGAUUUUGCACAACUUCCUCCAUGUAAAUACCACUUUAGAGUUAGUGUCUCAGUAAAUAGAUCUAAUUGAAACUUAGAUAUCAUAAACUAUAACAAAAAGUUUUUAGCUUUUGUGUACCCUGUGAAGUGCCACAAAUUUUGUGCAUCUCAAAACAGAUGUUGUCUCAGUACAUGGGGAAAGAAAUGGAAAUUCAUUACAUUUUUUUUUCUUCAAGGGAAAAAAAGUCUGAUAUGUUUCAGUUCCAGCAAUAUUUCACAUUGGCAAGAACUCAUAGAAAAUGAAAAAAUCUUUAUAUUAUGUAGAUGUCUGUCUUGUUGUAUAUAGUUAAAUUUUUCCUGUAUUUAAUUGUAUUCAAGUCUGUCUGCCCAUCUAUGUUGAACUCUGCUGGUAGGCAUAGGGUUCUCUAAACAGGUGAAAAUAAAACAACUGGAUU